GUAGUGACAAAUCUAGGCAAUGGAACAUGUGUUAUUUGGUCAGAAGAAGUUGGCUAAAAUAAAAAGUUGUUUACCUAGAAUCCUUCAUUGGAUACAUGUUAAAGUUGGUGAAGCAGAAGUUAAAAAAACCUUUUUAUCCAUUGAAGUCAUUAUUGGGGUAUAUGUAACCAAAGAAGAGAUGUCUACUGAAAUAGUUAAAGAAGCUUUAGAUGGUCAUCAUAAUGCUAGAGUGAACGAGAACUUGCAUAGGCAAUUUAUGGCUGAUAUUGUUGCAGAAAAUGAAGCUUUGCGUGCUAUAAUUGUUGACCAAGAGGUUUCGAUUGCCAAGCUUGAGAAAGUGGUAGAGAAGUUUACUCCAUUUAAGAAGUCAAAAUCAGAGAAAGAUGAUGAUAUAUCAGCUGAUGAUGUUGGGAACUCAAAUUCAAAGCAAGAUUAUAUGUUAGGUGAUGAUUUUGGGAGCAGAAUUUCAUAGAAAGAUAAUCAGAUACUACUUUACGGUGUUGGAAAGUCCAAUUCAGAGAAGGCUUCUAACAUAAUACGUGAUGUUGUUGGGAAAAUUUACAAUAAAAAAGCUGGUGAUGUUUUAGGUGAUGAAGAGAUGGAUAUUCAAAAAUCUGACAUGUACAAGCGUUUAAAAACUCAACCUAGGAAGCGUCUGAAAAGUGUUUCUUUGAAAACCCUUUGAACAAAAUUAGAUAAGAAAAACCGUAGGUGCAUUGAAUAGUUGAGGAAGUUCUUUGUCUUUGAAUAUAUGUAAGAAUUAAUAUGUUGUGCUAGGAAACAGAAUUGUAAGUUUGAAUGAUCUUAAUUGUUCAUAUUUUUUAUGAAUA